AUAGCAAAUUUUUGUCAAUCGUGCCAUAACCUCACAUUUUCCAUACUCUUGUGUAAUUUUCCGCCAAGAAAAAGCCAUGGUUUGUGCCAUUUGCCAGAUAAACGAAGGAAAUUUCCGCUUUUCCAAUGAGACUGAGUGCUUUCUGCACCUCUUGGAGAGCAUAAAGAUGCACCACAUUGAAAUGAAAAACAAGUACGAGCGAGUUUCCCGGGAAAAUGAGCUGCUGAAGAUUGAAAUGGACAUCCUGAAGACACGCCGGAAGACCGACUCCAUGCCACAAACUCCGCCGAUAUUCCCAGAAGAUGAGGAGGAAAGCUCUGCCGGCGGAAACUCCUGGGACAAUGCCUUUCUCGCGAACACUCCAGAGUUGGGCAAGGAAAACAUGGGCCGGAAGAACAAGAAGGAUAAACAGCGAUUGCCACUGUCUCCGCGAAAGGACAACUUCUUGACGGAAGACCUGACACUACCUGAAAAACUGCCACAGCGACAGAAAUCUGCUACCAAGACGUCUUCCAAGUGGUUCUCGAGCAAUAAUGAAACCUUCCGGACGCCCAAGUUCAAGCAAACGCGACUCAACUUCAAAGGUGUGGACAAAGAUGAGACAUUCUGCGAGGAGUUGAGUGAACCGUUGGUGAAGAGAAACAAAGACACACCCCCAAAAUCGCGCCUUCAGCUGGAGAACACGGAAAUCCAUCCGGAAGACACGUUCUUCGUGGACGAGCCAGCCGUGAGGUCAUUCCACACGCCGGAGGACUUCUGGAAUCUCGGCUUCCCACCCACGCAGCCCACCCAGGAAGCGUCACCGAACGAUCGGCUGGCGAGGCGCGGCAGAAAGCGUGAGUAA